AUGUACUCCGCAACAGACCUCUAUCCAAACGCUCAUGUCACCCAAGCCGUGCACGAAUACUCCAUUGCCCAUUCCACCCCCUUGCCGGAUGUCAUGGGCCAGCACCGUGAAAAGACUAUAGAAUUUUCGGAAAAAGCUGGAAUGGAUCCUACGAUGAUGGUUAAUACGCUCCAGGUAUGCCCCUUUCCCAUGGCUUGGUAGAUAGGGCACUAAUUUGGGGGGCGGGAAGGCGCAAUUUAUGUUAUUUUUUGCAAAGUUGAUUGGGGCUAAGAAGGUGCUCGAGGUUGGAACUUUUACCGGGUAUUCGGCCUUGGCCUGGGCAGAAGCCAUCAAAGGGCAGGAGGGUGCCAAAGUAAUUAACUCCUCCCCCUCCUCUCCUCCCCACGUAUAUUAUCAGGGAUCGGAGCUGACGAAUACAAGCUCGUAUGCUGUGACAUACCCGGCCCCCACACCGAACUUGCUAAGGCGACCCUUCUCGAGGCCGGAUUCUCGGACACACUCGUAACCUUCCUUGAGGGUGACGGCGUCGAGAGCCUACAGUCUCUCCCAGCGGACCAAUUUGAUAUAAUCUUCCUCGACGCCAACAAGAACGGUUACACCCCCGCCAUCAAAACUGUCCUCUCCAGGAACCUCCUAUCCCCCCGAGGCGUCUUGAUUGCCGAUAACGCCCUCAAGCGCGGGCUCGUCGCGGAUACCACGGACAGGAACCCGCAUGCAGUGAACUUGGACACGUCCAGCAUCAUGAGUUAUAAGCACUGUGAUGAGUUCAACAAGUUUGUGAGGGAUGACGAACGGUUGGAGCAGGUUAUGUUGCCAGCUUUUGAUGGGUUGAAUAUUAUCCGGUUGAAGCAGUAAUGGUGGUGUAGAGCUGGGUUGAGGAAUUGUUGGUUUGCUUUAUUCUCAUUCUCGUACCAUUCGGCAAUGGUAGAAAUGGGUUCUAGUUGUUA